CCCCUGCCAUGUGAGUUGUAUUACUGUAUGGUAAAUUGGUCUGACAAACUCAGAUCCAGAGUCUAUGUUCCAGGGGCGCGUUAAUAUAGCCCAAUGUCUAUCUUUUCCAUAAAGCCAAUGAAGGACUCCCUAAAUAGAACAAGACUACUCAGUUGCCUGGAGUGAUUCGCUUUCCAUCUCAUAAGCUUCUUUUCUCCAUAUCUUGAUCGGGGUGUGCCUCCUCGCCAUUUUGAGCAUUUCCCCAUAAGCCAGUCCUUUUACAUGCCUGCAUCAUGACUGUAACAAAAGGAACUGGCGCAGAAUCAAUACCUAUAGCCAUAAUAGGACUCUCCUUCCGGUUGCCUGGCGGCGUAGAUAGCGAGGAAAAGCUAUGGGACUUAUUAGAGAAAGGCGACGAUGCCUGGUCUCCUGUCCCAAUAGAGCGUUACAACGAGAGCGCUUUUCAUCACCCCAGCGCCGAUGACCCCAAUGGAACCAACAAUCAUGUCGGGGGACAUUUCAUCACAGAUGAUGUGCGAGACUUUGAUCAUUCUUUCUUCAAGAUUCCGCCUCAGCAAGCGGCGGCUAUGGAUCCCCAGCAGCGCAUAUUACUCGAACUUUCGCACGAGGCACUGGAGAGCUCUGGAUGGACUCGUGAGAGCUAUUCCGGCACCGACACCGCUGUAUAUGUCGCCACAUUCACCGCAGACUUUGAGCGCAGUAUCUACAAAGACCCGCUAGAUAUGCCUAGAUAUUAUCUUACGGGGUCUGAGAGAUCUAUUAUGGCAAACCGCAUUUCACACUUUUUUGACCUGCGCGGACCCUGUAUGGCUCUCGACACAGCCUGUUCAGGGGGUCUUGUAGCACUGCACCAUGCCUGCCAGAGUCUUCGGACAGGCGAAUCGAGAGCCGCUGUUGUCGCAUCGGCGAAUUUGAUUCUCGCCCCUGACCAACACGUCGGUAUGAGUAAUAUGCACAUGAUUAGUGACACAGGCCGGAGCUAUCCCUUUGAUAGCCGUGGCACGGGGUACGGGCGAGGCGAGGGUUUCGUGGUGCUCGUGAUCAAGCCCCUAGAGGAUGCCAUACGUGACGGUGAUCCUAUCCGUGCUGUCAUUCGUGGAACGGCAGUCAACCAAAAUGGUCACACAGCCGGCGGAAUCACUCUACCUAAUCGGAGAGCCCAAGCGGAUUUGAUUCGCAAAGCCUACUCGUGCGCUGGUCUGCGUCCUCGGGACGCUCUUUAUGUAGAGGCACACGGCACUGGAACGGUAGCGGGAGAUGAAGAAGAGCUCGCUGCCAUCCAGGCAGUCUUUGCCGACCCCACAAGGCCUUUGCCCCUACCUGUCGGGUCUAUCAAAGGAAACAUCGGUCAUACAGAGUGCACCAGCGGUCUUGCAGGGCUGGUGAAGGCUAUUUCUAUCAUGAAGCGUCGCAUAAUACCCCCUGUGGUAAACUUCCAAAGUCCUAAGCUCGGACUUCCGCUCGACGGAUUACAAAUCCCCGUGAAACCGAUACCGUUACCAGAAGCCUCAAAAACUGUAGCCGAUACAGUGAGCACACCUUGCGUCUCUGUCAACUCGUUCGGGUUCGGAGGGACAAAUGCCCAUUGUUGCCUCACGUUGCUGGAAUGGCAAGAUGCUAGCGUUAACGAUGUCUCCGAGAAGGAGAAUCUUCCAGAACGGGAUCGCGGACCCCAGCUUUUCGUACUCUCAGCUAACAGCCGGAGCUCGCUCAUCUCGACGAUGAAUACUUAUAAGACCUGGGUUGAACAGCACCCAGAUACUUCUUUGAAAGAUCUCUCAUAUACCCUGUCUCAGCGGCGCUCUGCCUUUCCCUGGCGGUUAAGCUUCACAGCAUCAGACUACCUCUCACUCCAGGAAGCCCUAAGCCAAGGACCGGAGCGACUACCAUCAAAACCGAUCGCAACGCAGCCGUAUCUGGUCUUCGUAUUUACCGGCCAAGGUGCCCAAUGGGCCGGAAUGGGGCGCGAACUGCUACGAGAUACAACACAAUCCUCCCCUUUCCGAAAGUCCAUACGGAAAUCGCGUGAUAUAUUGGUAGAGUUGGGCGCCCCUUGGGAUCUAGAAGAGGAACUAUUGGGCACGCAGGGAGAUGCUGGAGUUAUCAACAUGGCUAUAAGAGCCCAAGCCAUGACUACGUCAGUUCAGGUUGCGCUUCUCGCUCUUCUUAGAAGCCAAGGGGUGAGACCACAGGUAGUGGUCGGCCACUCAAGUGGCGAAAUUGCUGGCGCCUAUGCUGCCGGUUAUAUUUCGCACCGUACAGCCAUCGCUGUGGCGUACCACCGAGGGUUCAUGUCUGAGACUGUUAAGAAGAUUGGCCUUCGCCGCGGUGGUAUGAUGGCGGUUGGACUGGGCGAAGAGGCUGUGACACCUUAUCUUGAACGACUCACCAAGGGCGUUGUAUGCGUUGCCUGCAUUAACAUCCCCAAGAAUACGACUGUGUCAGGGGACGCUGAUGCUAUCGAAGAACUUGAGACCUUAAUAAGUGAUUCCGAUGCGAGUGUUUUCCACCGCCGCUUGAUGGUAGAUACGGCUUACCACUCGCAUCACAUGCAGGCCGUUGCAUACGAAUACCGCCGGCGGCUCGAAGACCUUGACUUUGAAUCUAGCGAACAGCAAAUAGAUGAGAGAGAUACCAUAUUCAUCUCCUCCGUGACUGGAUCAAGGAAAACCUCCAAUUUUGGAGUUGACUACUGGGCGACGAAUUUGGUAUCACCAGUCCGCUUUAGCCAGGCGGUGGCGAAUGUCGCCUCUCACUGCCACACAGCCGCCGUGGGACGACCUGUGUUCUUUGUUGAAGUAGGUCCGCAUCCCGCACUGGCCGGAAUGGUCCGCCAGUGUCUCGCCGCAGAGCGCACCAUUAAACUCGACUUCGAGUACCAGUCUGUAUUGCAAAGGAAAACGAACGCAGUGUCUAGUGCACUGACACUGGCGGGACGUCUCUUUGAGAGGGGAUUCAGCGUGAAUUUUGAACAAGUGCUCGCUCUAACUCCCGACAGCGACGGUGGUGUCGUCUGUCCAGAUCUCCCGGCAUACGCGUGGGACCACUCUACGAAACACUGGUAUGAAUCCCGCCUCAGCAGAGAAUACCGCACGCGGAGUACUCCAUAUCACGAUCUUCUCGGAGUCAGAAUACCUGGCUCGACACCAAUCGAACGGCGUUGGAGACAUAUGCUGCGCUUGUCUACAUUGCCUUGGCUUGCUGAUCAUGUCAUCGAUGGCCUUGCGAUCUUUCCGGGCUCGGGGUAUCUUUGCAUGGUCAUUGAGGCUAUUAUGCAAAUUCAACGUGAAGACCAUGCCCAGAAAGCACUCUUUGCGUUAUCCCUACGCGACGUAUCUUUUAUCCGGGCAUUAGUCGUGCCGGAUUCCCCCGGUGUUGUUGAGAUGCAGCUUAGCUUUAAGCGUUUACAUAGUUCUGACCUCGAAUUUUCAUUCUGUAUCACGGCCCUUUCAGAUGGGCUAUGGCAAGAGCAUUGCAAGGGAGUGGUAGAGGGCCGGCUAGGAGAAGGAACGUUUGAGAAUACAGACCUGCAGCCUGUGGAAGAAGGGGUCAUUUUGGAGAAAGACGGGCUCUAUCGCGAGCUCUCGAUGACAGGGAACGAAUACGGGCCGUUGUUCUCUGGAAUUAAAUCUCUGAUUGCGGCACCAGACUUCUCAGUAGCCACAUCCACUGUGCAAAUACCUAACGUGGCCGAAAUCAUGCCUCAGCGAUUUCAGCAAGCACACAUCAUUCAUCCAUCAACGCUCGACAUCAUAUUACAUACAGCCCUACCUUUAAUCCAACGACGGCUGGGACCCAGUUCGGUCAUGCCAGUCAAUAUUCGCGAGUUUCUCAUAUCUGCUGCCGAUUUACAGCUAAAUCAACCCGAAGCUGAGGUCUCUGUGAGAACUCAACUUUCCCCAAUAGGUCCAAAAGCCUCUAUUGGCGAUUUAUGCGUCAGGACUUCUCAAGGCCCUGUUGCUUCUAUAUCGGGAAUGGAGAUGCGAAGUCUAACAUCAGCAGCUGCUCAGUCUGAAGAGGGGAUAUGUUACGAGAUGCAAUGGGGGUCGGAUAUCGACUUCUGCCGUUCUGAGGAUUGGCAAUCAAACAAGACUCUGGACGAUGUGGUCGCUCAUCUAUCGUAUAAAGCUUCAAAACUCUCCGUUCUUGAGUUUCCGGGGGUUGAAUCGCACCUCGUGCACCAAUCCUUUUUCGACCAUGACGCGACUUUAGCAACUUACGAUAUCGUAACCUCAACCGAUAAUGACAUCUCGAGCAAACAAACACUACAUAAUGGUGUUCGGUAUUGUAGCUUUGAUACCAAUAUUGACCUGAAUCAACAAGGAUUCAAGCCAGACUUAUACGAUGCCGUUAUGCUGUCGCCAACUGAGCUAAAGCGCUACUUGGCACCCGCAUCUGAGCUUGUCAGUCCUAACGGGAUUCUGAUCAUAAUCGCUGAUUCCCAAGAGAAAAACGCUUUAGAUGAAAAGUGGCGACAAGAACUUGAAAACUCGAAAUACCCUAUCACGGUACAAUUUGAGUUCUACGACGAAAGCCGGAAAAGUUUGGUUGUGGUGGCACGACGGAUCGACUCAAAAGAAUGGUUGAUAGAUCUUCAAAAAGUAGUGCUGCUUACACAUUCGAAUGAGGGAGCCGACAACCUAUCUCCGGCGGUAUCCCACAUUCAAGCAGCAUUGACCGGAGUCGGUGUUGAUGUUUUGGUGAGCCCACUAUCUACAGUUUCUCCAUACCUUGAAAGUGCUCGAAACGAUACUUCCGGCAUCGUAUUCGUCGUUGUCGAAGACCAGCCCGAGCCUAUCCUUUCCGACUCAAACUGUUUCAAUGCCGCGCUUGAAUUAUUGAAGUUGCCUUCUCGUGUCAUUUGGAUCAGUCCAGAUGAUCCAAUUUCUAUGCACCAAAUUACUGGCGUUGGUCGGACUGCUCAUGCUGAAAAUGAUGAACUGCGCCUGAUAACAGUGCAUGUUGCGACUGCUCUGCUGGGAUUAGCUAGAAGCUCUGAUGCUCAGCGUCUUUCAGAUAUUCUUCUAGCUUGUGUCCGGAGCGUGGUUGAGCUGAGGCCAAUGCUCCGGCACGAGCGCGAGUAUCGCAUAUCCGCAGACGGGACAGUCACCGUGCCACGACUGCGUCGCAGCGUGCAUCUAAACAGUAUUGUGGGUUCCAGCAACCCUUCAUCCACCGCCGUGGAAGAAUGUCGUUUCCAUGAUAAAACACGACCCCUCAUCCUUGCAUCUAGUCUUGGCAGUGAAUUUGGUGCGGCCCCUGUCUUUGUUGAUGAUCUAAGUGCAGCUAUGGAAUUGGGUGAGCAUGAAGUCGAAAUCGAGACUCGAGGAUUCGCCCUUCCUAAACUAACAAGUCCAAAUCAACCUGGCCAAUAUAUGGGUGUUAUAUCACGAGCAGGGCCCAAGGCUGACGGUUUAGCACCCGGGGACCAAGUCCUCGCAUUAGGGCCAGCCAAAUGUGCGAGCCGCCCACGACUUCAUUCCGUAUCUGUCGCUCGCAUUCCGAGCAAUGUGAAUCCGGAGGUAGCCACCACAUUACUUCUCGAUGUCGCUUCUGCUUGCUGCGCUAUUAGAGAUAUCUGCCGUACUCGGCCCUCGGAAACAAUCGUUGUUCAUGGUGCACUGACAGCAGUCGGAAGAGCUGUAGUGGCUGUCGCCCGAUCAAUCAGAGCUCACGUCUUGGCCACUGCUUCUAGCAGCGGAGAGGCAGAAUUGUUACAACAACAGGCAGGGUUUUCGUCUAAUGACAUUCUCAGGACCGAUACAUCCUCUGUUGGAAAAGUACCAUGCCAAUACCAAGCAUUGAUCAUCGCCAACCAUGAUCCUGUGCCGCCAGACACCCUCGUUGGGUUGGAACCCUUUGGUCAUAUAGUUUUCCUCGAAGACGGAGCGAACAUCUUCAAGCAGAUCGGGGCCAACUUUCCGAGUAAUGCCGUAGUCAGCGCCUGCAACAUUUCGCAGCUUAUUCAAGAUGACAACGCCAACUUCAUAGCAAGAUUGAUGCCGCUGAUUGAGAACACCCUAGCUUUCCUCCCUACCGAUGGGCUAGUGGUACACACUCGUCCCAUAUCGAAGGCAACCGAAGCCUUACGUGAAGGCGAAUUCAGUACCAUGUCGAGAGUCUUGCUGCGCGCUGAUCCAGGCUCUAAAGUUUUGUGCAAAGUGCCCCCUGAACCAUCACCUGACUCAACAUCAAUUGGAGAUGUAUCUUUUGUCAUUGCAGGUGGCCUAGGCGAUAUGGGUCGGCGUUUAUUCUUGUUGUUGGCACAACGAGGCGCAAAGCAUUUCAUUACCCUCUCGAGGAGCGGUGCGAGUAAGGAAAUUCAUCGUGCAUUCCAGUCAGAAUUAUGUGCAAUUCAGCCGGACAGUCGCCUUUAUUGUUUUAAGUGUGAUAUCAACUCACAAGAGGACAUGAACCGGGUCAAAAAGAGCUUGGCUGCAAGCGAUAUACCACCGGUACGAGGUAUUAUUCAAUCUGCAGCUAUCUUGCAGGAUCGAACGCUUGAUUCUAUGACACACAAUGACUUUUUAGCAGCAAGCCGUAUCAAGAUCGACGGCACGGUAGCGUUAGAGCAGGCUCUCGCCUCGCCGCACUUACGUUUCUUUGUCAUGUUGUCAUCUACAGUGAAUAUCGUCGGUGCCCGCAGCCAGUCUAACUAUAAUGCAGGCAAUUCAGUUCAAGAUGCCAUAUCGUACGUGCGAAAGGACAGUUCGUGCCACUUCAUGUCGAUGAGUUUAGGAUGGAUUGAUGACGCAUUCCACACGGCCACCCAUGGGGCACGGUUAGGCGCUUUGCCCAGGGCUGGCCUCAGAGCCAUUCGCAGUGACGAGCUCUCUCGCAUACUUGACUAUACGCUCGGAUCCGCUGCUAGGAGAGCACGACUUCCCCAGGCCAUCGUCGGUUUUAAUAACAAAUCUCUCUCGGGGACGACAGCACGAAAUGGAACGGUUUGCUCCGCUAUGUUCUGCCACGUCUACGACCCACCAGCAACGACCACAACUGCAGAUGUCUCGUCAACCAAGAACUCACUUGUUCGAUCCUUUACGGAUGUUGUAGCACAAGGAGAUAGCGACGCCAUAGUCGAUCACAUUAGCGAUGCUAUUUCCUUCCAGUUAGGGAAACUUGUCUCUAGCGAAGCGGCACAGCUUGAUCAACGGCACGGGUCCUUACUUUCGAUCGGACUGGAUUCGCUAGUAGCAAUUGAGCUGCGGAAUUGGCUCAUGCGCGAGUUUGAUGCGCCCUUGCAAUCAUCCGAGUUGCUCAUCGACCAGUCUAUUCACACGCUCGCCACCAAAAUCAUGACACGUUCCAAGAAAGUAUCUAAUCCCUCGCCGAAUAGCGAUGCCACUGCCGCUGAGGGAGAGAAGACAGGAAAUAAAUUAACGAAUGGCCACAGAGAGUUGGUAGAUGCGAAAUCGGGUCUAAAAGAUCAGAAGCCGAUUAACGGCGUAUCUGCAAAUGGUGGCCAGGAUACACGAGCCAGCCUUCCACCCUUGCCAGUCAUCCCUCUAGAAGAAACUUUGCGAUUUUUUGAGGAAUCUCGGCUUGCUAUUGACGGCCCGGAAGAUCGGGAAGCUACAAAAAAGGCUAUACAAGACUUUAUUAACGACCUAGGACCACGUAUCCAGCGGCGAGUUGAAGAGAUAGGUCCUGAGGCCGUCGCAGAUAAUUAUGAGCGGCUCAUCUGGCUCCAACAACGCCAGCCACUACAGAAUUGGAGUUUUUCUGUCGGCCAUUCCCUAAAUGCACCAGAGCAUACUCAAGGGCUGCGAGCAGCGAUCCUCACUGUUUCCGCACUCGAGUAUUCGCAGAAGUUGAUCUCCGGAGAGUUGCCUCCCGAUCUAAUGUAUGGAAAUCCCAUCAGUGAAGCCGGUCGGGAUUGGCACUUUUAUUCUACUCGGGUGCCCGGAAUCCAUACAGAUACGAAUAAACGGAGCCAGCCAAAUCAAACUGUCGUCGUUCUUCGACGCGGCGCUAUUUUUGAGUUGAAGUUUCCAGAGCAGCCGGAUAUUUCGGAUGCAUAUGCAGCAUACCGAGAGGUGCUUGAGCUAUCUCAGGAGUACAAACCACCGAUAUGCAUGCUGACGGGCGACGAACGCGAUGCUUGGGCUUUGAACCGCAAGGACCUCGAGUCAACCGCGCAGAACAAUGAAAUAUUAACCGCAAUCGACGAGUGUGCCUUUGUAGUAUGUUUAGAUGAUGAAAGUCCACAAUCACCGGCAGAGCGUCAUGCACAAUUUCUCGUCAAUGGUUACGAUCGGCCCAUGAACAAUCGCUGGAUGGACAAACCUGUCCAAUUCGCCGUGACUGCUAACGGGCUAUCGGCCGCUGUAUUUGAGCAUUCGAAACUCGAUGGAAUGGACGUUCGGCGACUGCAAAAGCACGUCACUCGGGCGUUGUUUGCGCCUCUGCCCAACGAAAACGCACUAUCCGCAAAGUCGGCGUCGACGUCUUACUCUCUGAAGAGACACACCUGGAUGCCGAGCCCGUCGGUGCUUCAACACAUUGACCAAAUGCAGCAGAAUUUCAACGGCUACUAUAAGCCUGUUGAUCAUCAAUACGUCUACGCUAAGGAGCUUAGUAUCCCCAAGCUACGCAACCAUCGUGCACCACCAAGCGCCACAGCGCAUUUGGCCAGCGUUCUUGCGGCAUAUUAUAUAGAUGGCCUAAUCCGCCCCGCAUGGGAGGUCGCAACUGUAGCCAGAUUUCACCGCGGCCGCGUCGACUGGAUGCAGACUGUAUCGCCUCCCGUGCGCGAAUUCUUAGAAGCCGUGGGCAGGGGUCCCAUGAGCGCCAAAGACGCGGAUAAGGCGCAGUACGACAUCCGCGAGCUGCGGGAGCUGUUCAAUAGGGCGGCUUCGUCGUAUACGCGGUCAAUGGCUUCCACCGCGCGCGGUCACGGUUUCGUUCGCCAGAUGUAUGCCUUCCUAGCCGUGAUGACUCCCGAAGAGCGCGCGGCCGCAGCGGACUCGGUAUUCGGCACGAGAGCCUGGGAGGUUACACGGCGCGGCGGCCCGCAACAGGAUCUCAAGGUAGGGUUUAUGCCCGAGAGCGACGGUGGCAACCCGGACGCGGACUGGGAUGAGGGUGGUUUCCUUGUCGAGGGGGAACGAUCGGUGUAUGUGCAUUGUGGAAUCCGCGAUGAGUUUACAAAGUUUUGUAUUUCGGCUCCUCCAGCGUACAUGAAAGAGUUUGUUCCGGCAUUGCAAUGGGCUACGGGGUUCAUUUCAGAUUUGCUGGGUAGUUGAUAGGCGUUAUUAGUGUAAAAUAUUAUAAAUUAUUUGGUCAUCUUUCUACCCUCAGGUACUAGGUAGUAGGUAUCUGAGGUACCUUAGUUAUCUUCUCCAGUGCUUACAGUGACAUUUAUGUGAGAACAGCCAUGUCGCAAAGAUUGUGACCUUCAGAGUGUUACAAAACCACAACUCGGCCCGCCACAAAGGCAAAGUAGAAACAUGAGAUUGUCUACAGCACCAUGAUUCCCCCUCCGGUACAUUUAUUUCAAACCAACCGUGGCAUUUCCACCCGCCAUCUAGCUGACCUCGCGUAAU